AUGUGCAUCGCCAUUCUAUCUACCGCCCACCCAGGUUAUUCUUUAAUUAUCAUCGACAACCGAGAUGAGUUCAUAUUGAGGCCGACUUCUCGUCCGCAUUGGUGGGCUCACCCAACUUCGGGCCAGCAGGUCCUCUCGUCCCGGGACCUUCAAAGGGCCGAGCAAGGCACGUGGCUAGCUGUGAAUAAAGCUGGCGACUUUGCCGUGCUCACCAACUAUCAAGAAAUCGUUGAUGAGCCGACUGUAAUUUCUACUUCACGAAGCAGAGGCGGUAUGCCUAGCCUCUGGGUUGGUGGCGACGCAAACGAGUCAUUGACUGAACGUGUCCAUCGUUUGGUCAAGGACGGCGGCGUCAAGGGUGUCGGAGGGUUUUCCAUGAUCUGUGGAAGACUGCGCAAAAAUGCGGAAAACAUAUCCAUCAUUAGCAAUCGAGCAGACCAUGUGGACGAUGUUCCGAUUGUUGACGGAGAGAGGGGAAGGACCUGGGGAUUGAGCAACACUACGUACACCAAUCCGGAAAAGUGGCCGAAGGUAUCUGCGGGUGAGCAGCUAGUUGGCGAGGCAAUACAGAACGCCAUAGCCAAGGAUCAAAGCGAAACAGAUUUUGUCGAGUCUCUCUUCAAUGUGCUCAAUCGCGACACACUGCCGGUAGCUGAGGAGGAAGAAGGCACUGUGCAGGACAGCAUGAAGAGGUUCCGGCACAGCAUUUUCAUACCGCCCGUUGGUACUAGGCAGCAAAAAGCCGAAUUUGCCGAAUCUGCAGCCAAGGGACCAAUUGGCUGGGUUAAUGACGCCGAUACAUCCAAUGGAGCGGCCAGCCAUGCGCCCGCUAACCCGGUUGGGGGCUACUCGUCUGGAUUGUAUGGAACUCAACGUCAAACUGUUAUUCUGGUCGACUUGGAGGGUAAUGUCAAGUACAUUGAGAGAGCUUUGUUCGAUCCAAACGGAAACGCGAUUGAGCGAGGCGCGGCUGACGUCAUAGUCAACUUCACGGUGGAUGGAUGGGAUAACUGA